AUAUAAUGCAAAGUUAUGUUUCGAAUCAAGCGAUAGGGUCAGGAUGGGAAAUGGAUCAGUUGUAGAAGAAGAAUUUAAAAGAGCAAUAAUAAGGAUAUACUAUUGAUUUGGAUUUGAGUCUAGGGGAGCAGGAAGAGGAAAAUGUGUGUAUAAUAAUGAUAAAGUUAGUAGUUAAAUAUGUUAUUGAGGUCAAAUACUCUGGAUAUUGUAAAUUUUAAAGUUUUAUAAAUAAGAAUAGAAAAUAAUGAGUGAACGAAAACUUCUCUAUUGGAAGUGAAAAGUGACAUAUAUGUCAGCUCGUAAUAUAAUUUUGAUGGGAAAGAAUAAACCAAUUUUGAUAUGUGUAUAGCAUUUGUCGAUAUUCUGAUGGUAAACGUAAUCUAAAUGCUGUGGGGAAUCCGAGUCGAAAAUGGUCAUUUUGUUACAAAUUAUAUCUUUCUAAAUUGGGUAAAAUACAUUUAUUUCAAAUUUAAAUCGGUUUUCCGGCAAGAGUUUUCGUUUUAAAAGUACAUUUUUGACAUUUAUCAAUCAUAAACUGUUAAGUUACCAUAGUUGGUAUAUUCUCAAAAAUAUUUUAAAAUAAUAAAAUUUAUCAUUAAAAUGUCCAUCGAGCCUUUUAUUGGAACUAAAAUUUCACUAAUUUCAAAAGUAGGGAUCAGAUAUGAAGGGUCUCUGCAUAGCUUAAACACUGAUGACUCAACCAUAGUUUUAAAAGAUGUUCGUUCUAUGGGAACAGAAGGAAGGUCAACGGGAAAUGAAGUACCACCAUCUACGAAGGUGCACGAUUUUGUUGUUUUCAGAGGCGAAGAUGUAACUGAUAUACUUGUAAAUGAAACACAAAUAUCAAAUGAUGAUACCAAAUUUGAAGAUCCAGCGAUUUUUAAAACAUAUAAAGAAGACGAGUUCCUUGUUCAAGGAUCAAAACCAAGAUUUGAACCUAAAAAAGAAAAACAGCCAUUUUUAAGAGAAGUUGGUAUCGCAAUGCAUUCUGAACCUCCAUACAAAAAUAACGAAGGCUUUCAGUCUUUUGUGAAUGACUUGACGGAUAUGUCAAAUGAUUUGGAAAAGGACUUGGAAACAUUUCAAUUUGAUACACUAGAAGGACUAGAUCCAUCAUCAUUUCCAAUUAAUAAACCAUUAAAACCAGCACACAACUUAAAUGAUGAAAAUCAUACACAAGAUUUAUCAGAUAACAAGGAAAAACAAAAUUCUAAAACAGAGUAUAAAGUGUUUUAUGAUAAGAAAUCAUUUUACGACAAUUUAUCACACGAGAAGAAACUUUCAAAGAGUGAUCUUAAACAAGAACACAUGAAACAAAGAGAAAUAGACAUAGCGACAUUUGGGAAAAUGACCAUUAGGAAUUGGCAUAGUAGGAACAACUCAUUCAGGGGAAGAAAACAUAAUAACACAAACCAGUUCAAUGUUAAGGCGGGUUGGGAAAGAAGAGAUCAGAUGAAUAACAGAAAUAGUGAAAAUUUAUAAACCCUUUUUACAAUGGACCUAAUGUUUUUGAAAACG